UGGCUAAUGGAGAAGGGAAAGUAGUAAAGAGAAGAUGAAGAAGGUGAAGAAAGAAGACAUGAAAUCCACCGCAAUCGGUUCGUUAAUCGUCGGACGGAUUUUCAAUCCUUAUUGAUUAGUCUUCCAUUCUAUCUAGGGCUGUGAACUAAAGCUGAUUUCCUUGCACAAAUGCAUACAGAAUUCAUGGAGAUAUGUGCAUCUGCUCAAAACAGUGUGGCUGUGUAAGACUAGUAUGGAGAAGGAUUUUGAUGAGAAGCUCAAGCUUCAGACCAAUUCUUCCGAUGACGGCAACGUGCAACAGCAACCUAAUAGAGUCGUGUUCAGAGCUCCACAAGAGAAUUUCACCAUCCAUGACUUCGAAUUGGGCAAGAUCUAUGGCGUCGGUUCUUAUUCUAAGGUUGUGCGGGCUAAGAAAAAAGACACGGGAAUGGUGUAUGCAUUAAAAGUCAUGGACAAAAGGUUCAUUGCUAAAGAAAAGAAAAUAGCAUAUGUGAAGAUGGAGCGAAUUGUGUUAGACCAGUUGGAUCAUCCUGGGGUUAUAAGGCUAUUUUUCACUUUUCAAGAUACCUUCUGCCUGUACAUGGCACUCGAGUCUUGUGAAGGUGGAGAACUUUUUGAUCAAAUAAUCAGGAAGAGAUGUUUAUCAGAAGAUGAAGCUCGUUUCUAUGCGGCAGAAAUUGUAGAUGCUUUAGAAUACAUACAUGGCAUGGGAUUGAUACACAGAGAUAUUAAGCCAGAAAACCUUCUAUUGACUACUGAUGGGCAUAUUAAGAUAGCCGAUUUUGGUAGUGUGAUGCCCAUGAAAAAUAGUCAAAUUACUGUCCUCCCAAAUGUUGCUUCCGAUGACGAGGAAUGCAACUUUGUUGGGACAGCUGAUUAUGUACCACCUGAAUUCUUGGAUUCUUCUCCAGCAACUUUUGGAAAUGACCUUUGGGCACUGGGGUGCACUUUGUACCAGAUGCUUUCAGGAACUUCACCCUUUAAAGCUGCAAGCGAAUGGCUUAUAUUUCAAAGAAUUACUGCAAGGGAUAUCAAAUUCCCUGAUUACUUCUCAGUUGAAGCGAGGGAUCUCAUAGACCAGUUGCUGCAUGUGGAUCCUAGUAAAAGACCAGGUGCUGGCGAAGAUGGUUAUGUUUCUCUCAAGAAACACCCAUUCUUUUGUGGAAUUGACUGGACGAACAUAAGGACUCAAACCCCUCCAAAUCUAGCUACAGAUCAACAAGCUCUUUCAAGUGACAGUGAAGAUGGUCAAAGUUCUUGGAAUCCAUCACAUGUUGGCGAUGGCUUGGUCUUGCACAUUGAAGAAAAUGAAAGCCCUGCAGCACCUUCCGAGUACAGUAAUAUAACUCCCCUUGCUUCAAUUGACUCAUUUGAUUCAAAAUGGCAACAGUUCUUGGAACCCGGGGAAUCGGUUCUCAUGUUCUCAACUGUGAAGAAAAUUCAGAAACUAAUGAACAAGAAAGUGCAACUUAUCCUUACUAAUAAGCCAAAGUUAGUCUAUAUGGAUUCUUCAAAUUUAGUGGCGAAAAAGGAUAUUCUCUGGUCUGACAAUUCCAAUGAGCUUAGCAUACAAGUUGUGACUCCUUCACAUUUCAAGAUCUGCACUCCGAAGAAGAUUUUUGCAUUUGAGGAUGCAAAACAGAGAGCUUUCGAAUGGAAAAAUGCAAUUGAGGCUGCCCAAAAUAGAUGAAUUCUCUAUGUGUUAUAGUGAUCAGGUUUUAUGAUUAUUCAUUUUUUAUGUAGAAGAAACCAGUCCUAAAAAAGCUGUCAUAAUUUAUUAUUUGAAAGGAAAUUAUUGAUUCAUGUUGCAAUUUCUAUGAUACAAGAUUCAUGAUUUUUGUUGGCAUACAUAAAAAAGGAUUUGGAAUUGCAAUUUUUCAUCUUCACUGUUGUUGUAAUUAGAGUUACAGCUCUUGUAUCUGAAACUAAAUAUGAAUCCUAAUAUGUUAUUUUAUUUUUUUAUGGU